UGCAGAGCAGGGAUUUAGGAAUGUGGAGACCAGCAGCUACGUCACCCACAAACCGCCUGGGGUGUCGUCGAUGAAAAACUUUUCUAAAGGCUUUAGAUCAAUAAUACGGCUAUUAUCGCGAGUUUAUUUGAUAGAAAGGCUAAUUUAAAUCUUGAUAUUUAACGUCUACGGUUGUAUAUGAUGGGUGCGUUUGUUUUAAAUGUUUUUAAGCGAUGUCUCUAAACUGUCCGUUAGCUAGGUAACGGCUUUGGGAUACAGCUGGUUGUUUGGGGGGGUGGGGGGGGGGAAAAGAAAAACAGCUGCAAGUUUUGUGGGAUAAUUUAUGUUAUGAGUGUAGAUAAAGUGUUUAGAACUGCGGAUAAGACUGGUUCGGGCUUGUUGUGGGUUGUUUGGGUAGCGGUCCACGCUAAAAUGGAAAAAAAGCCUGCUCAGACUUGAAUUUCAGAAACAUGAUGCCGACAGAUUAGCUGCUGCUAGCACAGAAACCAUUUUCCCUAACACACUUGAAGGGACGCUUGUCUCUGUCUCCAUGGUGACGCGCCGUUAACGCUUUGAGCUGCCUGAAAGGGGGUGGGAGGAACCGGAGAGGAGACCUCACCGAGAGAAGGAUGCCAUUUCACGAUGGAGUCUACUACCCCUACAGCAGUGACACCCAGGGGACCUACUCGCCAGCAGGGAUCCCCUCCCUCCUGAACUCCCCGCUCAGCCUGCACUCCCCGACCGCUCAACCAGGCAUGACUCCAGCCGCUUUCCUGCCCUUCAAGUUCCGUCCGCGCAGGGAAAGCGUGGACUGGCGGCGCAUCAACGCCGUGGACGUGGACCAGGUGGUGAGCCAGCUGGAUGUGGACGCCCUGCAGGAGCACAUCAGCACCGUGACCUUCUGCAGCUUGGAUGGGGAGCGCUGCCAGCGGUGCCAGAGCCCCGUGGACCCAGCCCUGAUCAAGCUGCUGCGGCUGGCCCAGCUCACGGUGGAGUGGCUCCUCCACUGCCAGGAGUUCCUCAGCCUUAACCUACGCGCGGCCGAGGAGCGGCUGGUGGCGGCUGGCCAGGAGCGUGAGCAGCUGGUGGCUCAGCACAAGAAACAGGAGGAGAAGACGAAGGCGCUGAUGGCCGAGCUCAAGCAGCGGAAGAAGGUCAUACGCACCCAACAAUCACUGCUUGCUCCACGAAUCAUCAGCAGUCACAAGUGUCUACAUUGCGAUAAAUCCUUCCUCAACUCCUCCUUUCUCCAAAACCACAUGCAGCGCCGGCAUCCUGAUGAGUACCAGAUCCAGCUCCAGUCCGACAGUGAGAAGAAAUCUCAGAUUGAUAGUCUCAAAAUGGAGAUCAACAGUCUGAAGGAGCAAAUAACUCAACAGCAACAGGCUCUUCAAGUCAAAAUUGCUCAGGAAAAGGAACAGCAGUCGAUGCACAAAGAGCUGCUGAGAGAACUGGAACGUUUUAAGGCGGAGGAGAUGGCGCGCAUGGACAGGAAGAUCGAGGACAGCCGGGACGGCAUACGCAGGGAGAUGGAGUUCCUUUACAACCGAAACAUUCAAGCUCUCACUGAAGUAAAUCAGAAUCAAACUGCAAAGCAGGAAAAACCAGGGAGCCCUGUCAGCUCUCAGCCAGAGAGAGAUCUGGACAUGUACAAAGAGAUGCAACUACAAGCCAUCCACAAGCUGGAGCAGCAGAUGAAGAAACAGGAUAAAAAGUGGGAAUACAAGCUGCAAAGAAUUAAAACUCAACACGAGUCUGAAAAGAAUCAGUUGCUGAACGAGCUGGGCAGAAUGCAGUCUUCCGUGACAGAGCACCGGGAGCUCAGCCAGCAGCUGCAGCAGGAGAUGGGCAUGAGGCUGCAGGAGAAGGAGCAGACCAUCAAGGCUCAGAGGGAGCAGAUAAAGACCAUUUCCUCCAAUCCACCUGCCAAAGUGGUGGAAAUACCAGUUGCUGUCAGCCCACCAGCGCCAGAGCCAAAACAAAAGAGGGUCGUACUGGAAGAGCCAGGCUCUGCUCUAACGCUGGAUCCUAUAGAGGAGUUGUCAGAGGAGGAGAAAGAUUCCAGCAUCUCUGAAAAGAGACCGCUGGUGAGUAAGCAUGUGACGGAACCGGCUAAGAGGCAGAAAGUGACCGCCAGUGCUGUGAAAAAGAACCCCAGCAUCAAGAAGGAGAUGCGAUCAGAGCUGGAACGCUCUGUUAUCAAGAAGCUGGAGAGCCUGGGGGUCAAGCCGGACCAGAGAGGUUUGACGAACCAGGAGCUCACUUCUCUCCUGGCAAAGGUGCAUUCAAAUCAGGAGGACGCUGCAGAGGCGAUGCCCGAAUACUGGCGCUGUCGGGAGGAGAUAGCAAGCUUUGUGGAGCAGAAGUUGGGAGGACAGAAGAGAGGCAACGAAGCUGCCUCAGAGUCACAGGCCAGAUCCAAACAGCCUGUUCAAGGUGUUUUCCAGGUGCUGCAGGUGCGUCCCCGCUCCAGCAGCCUCCCCUCCAGAACCAGUCAGGCGAUAUCUGCAGCAGCUGUCAAACAGUCCAAGACUCCGCAGCCAGCACCAAGGGCCAAAGCCCUCAUUCAUCCCAAGACAUCUACCCCUAACAUGAAGAGUGCUGUGAGGAUUAGUGCAAGCAAGACCCCACCAUUUAGCUCAGACGAAGACUCAGAAGACAAAGAGUCCGACACGGAGGAGGAGCCAGUACAGGACCAGAGAGUCAAGUCAUCAAAUCUCAGAUCACACCAGGCAAUGGCAGUUGAAAUGAAAGCGGGCAAACCGACUCCGGUCCUGGUCAGGCAGACUGCGGUCAGCCAGCCCACCUCCUUCAAACCACAGCAGUCCUGGGCGUCAGUGGGCGGCAUGAGCCGGCACACUGUCUCAAAGCUGGAGAGCGAUGAAGACGAGGAUGAGUCAGAUGUCAGUGAAAUGGUGGAAAUUGACCCCAGACAGCUGCAUGGUUUCAAAGACCAGAAUGGCAAUAUUGACAAAGGAAACCACAAUAAAGAUAAGGUCAUCAAUUUGGCCAGAAAAGUUGAAAUGCAGUUAGCGGAGAGAGCAGUGAAGAAACCAGCAGGGGGCGUAAGCAUCCUACCAGAAAGAAAGAACGAGGUUCAGGAGCUCUUGUUCACAGAUCUAGAGGAGAGUAGUGAUUGGGUGGUCUCCUCCUUAGAGGAUAAACAGGAAGCAUCUAAGCCAACAUCUCUCCGUGGUUCUGGACCUCUGAGGAAGAGCCUGGACUCAUCCAGCACCAGCGUGUGGGACACUUCUACAGCAAAGGGACCCAAAUCAGGUCUGACUGAAACUGGAACAGGAAGCACGCUGAAGAGCAGCCUGUACUCUCUCAGUGACAUCAGUGACUCCGAUGAUAUAAGCAAUAAGUAACAUUAGCACUGCAGCAGAUCAGGUAACUUGGAACAGACACAAGGACCUCAGCCAGCUCCUCUCACAUCUCUAAUGCCAAAGAGCAGUUAUUCUACCUAUUUCUACUAUGGGUUUUAUAAUAAAAGAAGAGAAACAAUACCUUACAAGGAGUCUGUUCAGGACCAGAAUCUGAUUUUGAUUAGAAAAUAAGAUUAUAUUAAUAUUUUAUAGGGAGCCUAGAAGGUACUCAUUAAUGCCUUGUGCCAAUUUUGUGUUUGCCUUAGAUUUUCUUAGACUUUCAUACAUUCUGUUUUGUAUGUUUCAAAUCUCCCAUUUAGCCACAGUAUGUUGUUUUUUGUACAUUUCUAUCAGGUUUUGUACAUCACAUUUUGUAUGGAUUUACAUGUGAUAUUCAUUCAAGCAAUAAAGAUGCACACAGUCAGGACAUCAGCAAGUUAAAAUGAGUUUAUUUAACCUUGGCCAGUCCAGCUGGAAUCAUUUGUUGUUUAGUUUGUCCAGAGGCUUAUAUUGUUUAUGCAAUAAAAUAUUUGAAUAUUA